AUGGAAAGUGUUAGUGGUGUUACUGGUGUAUCUGGAACCCAACCUGAGUUGGAAGCACCUGCUGUAGAGACUGUUACUCCUCAGUCUCAGCAGCCUUUGCCUCCACCUGUUCCAAAGAAAAGGAAAGAGGUUGAAUCCAGGGCUCCAUGUUGGGAUCACUUUGAAAAGAUCAAAGACAGUGAGGGCAUUGUCAUCAAAGGAAAAUGUAUAUAUUGUGCAAAAGUGUAUUGCUGUGAGAGCAAGAAACAUGGGACUUCUUCUCUCAGACUUCAUGUGGUAAACUGCCUUAAAAAUCCUCACUCUAAGGAGACAAGGCAGUCCCUACUCACAUUCCAACCUGCACCUUCUUCUGCUGGAACUCAAAGUAGUGAAGGAACUGAAGGGGUGUUGGGUACUUGGGUGUUUGAUCAAGACUUGAUAAGGAGAGCCUUAGCUGAGAUGAUUAUUUUAGAUGAACUUCCUUUUAGGAUUGUUGAGGGACAGGGUUUUAGAAAGUUUGUUUUAGUUUGCUGUCCUAGGUUUAAAAUCCCUUCAAGAUGGACUAUCAGUAGGGACAUUUUCAAGAUAUUUUCUGAUGAGAGGGUCAACUUGAAGAAGUUUUUUAGGACUAGCAGUCAGAGGGUAAGUAUCACAACUGAUACUUGGACCUCAGUCCAGAGAAUAAACUACAUGUGCAUAACUGCACAUUUCAUUGAUAGUGAGUGGAAGCUGCAAAAGAAGAUUAUUUCAUUUGUUCCUAUAUAUUCCCACAAGGGGGAAAGUAUUGCAAAGGCUUUAGAGAGUUGCCUUUUGGACUGGGGUCUAAAAUCAGUGUUUAGUGUGACAGUAGAUAAUGCUUCCAGCAAUGAUACUGCCCUAGGAUUCUUGAAGAAGAAGUUGGGCUCUUGGGGUUGUACUGCUGUUAGGUGUAAGUAUUUGCACAUGAGGUGCAUUGCUCACAUUCUUAACUUGGUGGUACAGGAUGGGUUGAAAGAAUGUGACAGUUCUGUUAAGAAAGUCAGGGAUGCUGUUAGGUAUGUGAGGAGCUCACCUGCUAGGUUGCAGAAGUUUAAAUCACUAGCUGAUCUAAUUGGGGUGGAAGCUAAGAAUUCUCUGUGUCUAGAUGUCCCUACAAGGUGGAAUUCCACAUAUAUGAUGCUUAAUACUGCAUUAUUGUUUCAGAAGGUAUUUGAAGCCUAUGAUGAUCAUGACAGUUCAUUUAAAUCUGAUUUGGGUGGAAGUGUACCUGAUUUCUUAGAUUGGGAAUCCAUUCAAUCUUUGGUUAUGAUUCUGAAAUCUUUUUAUGAAAUGACUGUUAGGAUUUCUGGAUCAUUGUAUGUGACUUCUAAUACCUUCUUCUCUGAGAUUUCCGAUUUGUCUUGCUUGUUGAAAAAUAUGGAGGAAGCUACAGAAGAUAGUGUUAAACUGAUGGGUAAAAAUAUGAGGGCAAAAUUUGAUAAGUAUUGGGGUGAGCCUGAAAAAAUGAAUUUUUUGAUAUUCUAUGCAAAUAUCUUAGACCCCAGGGACAAAAUUGAGUAUAUGCCCAUUCAGUUUAACCAGUUAUAUGGUGAGGAAAAGGGUAAAACAAUGUUUGAUAAGUCUGUUGAACAAUCUGAAAAAUUUUCUCCAUCAAUAACAAUAUCUGAUUCUGUUUCUGUUGGGAGACCUCAAUCAUUACUGAAAUCUCAGAUUAAGAAGCAAAAAUUGGUGAGUGGGGAUUUGUCUAGGAAAAAAACUGAGUUGGAAGUGUAUCUCUCUGAGGUUAUUGUGGAUGAGGAUGAUUCAUUUGACCUUCUAAGAUGGUGGAAGCAACAAUCUGAAAGGUUCCCUGUCUUAUCUAAAAUGGCAAGGGAUAUCCUAGCUGUUCCAAUAUCAACUGUUGCUUCAGAAUCAGCAUUCAGUACAAGUGGAAGGGUACUUGAUGCCUUUAGGAGUUCCCUAACUCCUAGAAUUGUUGAGGCAUUGGUGUGUGCACAGGAUUGGCUAAGAUUAAGCAAUCAACCAAUCUCAAUUGAAGAAAAUAUUGAAGAUGUUGAAAGGAUUGAGAAAGAGUUGUGCAGCACAUCCAGCACUGGAACUGGAAUGCCUACAAUUGUUUGUAUCAUGUAUUCAUGUAUGUGUAUCAAUGAUUCAAAUCAAUGUCCCUCAGAGGCUGGGAAGUUGGAACUGGAACUGGAAAGUGCUCAUGGCUAG